UAUUUAUCGCAGUCUAAAUUUUAAAGUCAAUUCCGUCCUGGUUUUAUCUUCAGUCGAAAGUUUUCCGUUUUCUGGUCUAUGAUUAAAAUCGCUGAGCGCUCUAUGUCGCUGUCAUCCGAUAUUUCUAGUGUGUGCGCUCGAAUGAUUUUAUACGCGAAAUAAUAACAAAAAGUCAUUUAAAAAUGAGAACAUCAUAAAAACGUGUUUAAUAUCAAUAUCAGUGUGUAUUUCCAGCAAGUACUGUACAAAUGUUAGUCGCCGAGGACAAUUGAAUUCGUGAUCUGUUAACCCGACAAUCGCAGCCGCAAGAUGGUGCACCUGGACACGUCCUGCAUGAAUCCGAGUUCCGGCGGCACCGGAAACGGCGCCACACUAGACGGUGCGGCCGGAUCUGGACAAAUGGUCCUCUCCGAUCACCAGUCGUCGACGGACGAGGGCAGCAUCGUCUGCAUCGUUCACGACAAUGUUCCUCUUAAUGCAGGCAAACCAGUUAAAGAGCCUGUCUAUGUCCGGCCAUCUUACCCUGUCAUGGAUCUGUAUCUCGAGAUUGCCAUGAAAUUUGGAUACACCAAUGGACAAUUCGAGUUGCAUUUGAAAUCUGCAAAUGACGCAGCUCCUAUUGUGUUAAAUGAAUUCUUUCAAAAAACCUGCUACGAGGCUGGUUUGUCUUUCACACCUGGGAGUAGGAAUCAUAUUUAUAUCAAUCACUUGAGGAACAGAAAUAGGAGGAAGGCUAUUGGAGAAGAUGACGAAUUUGCACUUGGAGCUUCUGCAAGCCCUUUGAAUGAUUAUCCACCAGCCCAAAAUUCACCCCGAGAACAAGUAUAUUUCGUCGGUCUCGUUAACCAAGCAAUGACGUGCUACCUAAACAGUUUGCUUCAAGCCUUAUAUAUGACCCCUGAAUUUAGGAACGCCUUGUACAAUUGGAAACAUGUGGAUUCAUCAUCACGGAGCUACAUUUUAGAUGAAUCUAGUGCUUCAGCUGCUGCCAAAAGUAUCCCUUUGCAACUACAGAGAUUGUUUUUGCAAUUGCAAACAUCUGAACGACCUGCUGUUGAAACUACUGACCUGACGAGGAGUUUUGGAUGGGACAGUACUGAGGCAUGGCAGCAGCAUGAUGUGCAGGAGUUAUGUCGUGUGAUGUUUGAUGCUUUGGAGCAAAAGUUUAGAAAAACAGAACAAGCUGAUCUUAUAAACCGUUUGUACCAAGGAAAGAUGAUUGAUUAUGUGAAAUGUUUAAAAUGUAAUACUGAAAAAUCAAGGGAGGACACAUUUUUAGACAUACCUUUACCUGUUCGUCCAUUUGGGGGUACAUGUGCAUAUGGAAGUGUUGAAGAAGCCCUAAAAGCCUUUGUUCAGCCUGAAACUCUCGAAGGACAAAAUCAAUAUCACUGUGAAACGUGCCAAGAUAAAUGCGACGCUCAUAAAGGAUUGAAAUUUAAACAUUUUCCAUAUUUAUUGACGUUACAUUUGAAAAGAUUUGACUUUGACUACAACACCCUGCACAGAAUCAAACUAAAUGACAAAGUCACAUUUCCUGAGGUAUUAAAUUUGAACAACUUUAUCCUAUCAGACCAGCCUAUUAUAGAACGUCCUGAUGAAGAAGCCGAGAAUGAGAGUAAUGCUCUGAAACAGAAUUUAAAUAUGUCAAUUGUUGAUGACACAUCGACCACCGAUAGUGGAUUGGAUUAUGAUAAAGAUUCUAUGUUGCACGGUGUCACUAAUGGCAGUGACAAUCAAGAUUAUGAUGAAGGUAUAGGUAUGUCAAUGUCCACAAACAGUGGAGGAACAAAUCAGCUCCCACAGAAUUCUUGUGAUCAACCUGAAGGGCCUUAUGUUUAUGAAUUGUUUUCGAUAAUGAUUCAUUCUGGUUCGGCUUCAGGAGGGCACUAUUAUGCUUAUAUUAAGGAUUUUAAAUCGGGGCACUGGUAUUGUUUUAAUGAUCAGAAUGUCACAAUGAUUACCCAAGAGGAUAUUCAGCGUUCAUAUGGUGGUGGUCCAUCUCGUUUAGGAGGCCCAGCAGCCGGUUACUAUUCUGCUGCAUACAGUUCGAGUACAAAUGCUUAUAUGCUCAUGUAUAGACAAAUUGAUCCCGUAAGAAAUGUGCAAGCUAUGGAAGUAGAAGAUUUUCCAGAACACAUCAAGGAGCUUUUGCAACAUUUCCGUGAGAAUGAAUCCGACUACGCAAUCGGUCAUUACAACGGUGAUAAACCCAGAAGGCGCCGAAAUGACAAAGAAUCUCUCCUGCAUCGUGUUAAACUUUUCACCAGCAUCGAUUCAAUUCCUGGUUUCCAUAAUCAGCCACUGAACACACCUGCUAAUUCACAGCAGAGCGAGAGAAGGGAUGACACCAUAAUGUCGACUGCUUAUGGAGAAUUGUUGGAGGUCAGGAUGCCUGUUUAUCCAGAAAUAUCGAUGGAGCAGCUCACCAAGGAGGCUGUGGAGAGGGUGCUGAAGAAAGCAAAUUGUGGAUCUGGGGACAUUGUUAUUCGACCAGAGAAUUGUCGUUUGGUGUUCUAUGAUCAAACAAAUGAUUGCAUUGAGUGCAGUUUAGAAGGAGAAGAGCAAAAUACUCUUCUGGAAGUUUUGGCAAACCACGACAAGUCUUCUAGCUCUUGUGAAAUGAUUUUGGAAAUCAAAAAUCCAAACGAGCCAUUAUUCAAGCCUUAUUAUCAAGGAGGAAUCAAUGUUAGGAUAUUCAUUGUGGAUGUUGUCACGCAGGAAGUUGAAGGACCUAUCAUGAUCAGAGGUAAUACCCAGCAAACCAUUCUCGAUUUCAAAAAACAACUGGUGAACGAUCUCCACAUCCCGAUUUCGCAGCCCCAAAAUUUGCACGUGGUCUGCGAUCGAUAUUAUAACGGCUCUAAUUUAGUCGACGACAAAGUUAUGUUGAGAACUGAGUGCUCCUUCGGACAGAACCGAUUCUUUAUUUCUACAAGAUUAGACCCGACAGACGUAAUUAAUUUUGUUGAGAGAAGUGGCAGUGGUGGACUAAUUGCUAAUCAUCAUGAUCAUGUAGAUUCGAAUGUGUCAAAUUUGAAAUUCAUAAGCAGCAAGUUGAAGAAGAUUGUGGAUUUGUUUGAAUAUGUUAUCACUUUGAACUUCACGUUGCCCCCAUUGGAUAAAGAUACUCUAGAUGCAAUGGCGAUACCCAGUUAUGACUCCAACGACAAUCAAGUUAAUUUAGUUUCUUCGACAACUGCAACCAAUUUGAGUUUAUCAUCAGCAAAGCAGCAAAUAAGAACUAAUCAGCAACAAGAUUUAUCUCUGGGUGCAGUCAAUCACAAUGAUGGCAAUGUGAAUAAGACUUUCUAUGAUUCGAAUGAAAUGAUUAUCAACCAGUCGCCGACGCCACUUCUUGGGGAAUGGGAGAACAGCGAGGACAGCAGUUUAAGUGAUAGCGACAGGACAUUAAUCGGUGAACCCCCAGUAGAAAUGGAAGGCAUCCAGCAGCUGGAUGAAGAUAAUUUGAAACAGAUCAAUGACAAUCUCUCAACCAAAUACUAUUAUGCAUCAGAACAACAAUUGAAUACACCGAAUGAGGCUCUGCAAGGUGAUGAGGCAACAACACAACAAAAUGUCCAGACAACUGAUCUAGAUGAAAUGGAUCCCUCGCCGAUGUACUUCUUUAGAGUCACCAAGUUCUAUUUAGAUCCCACUUUUGCACAUAAUAAUGUGAAUAAUAAACCUAGUAAUAAUUUAAGAGUGUUGGCUGACAAGAGAAUGACAGUAGGAGCCUUAAAGCAUUUUCUGUCUGCUGAAAUUAGAGUGCCUAUCGACUACUUUAAAUUGUUCCGUAUUUAUCCGGCUAGACAGGAAACUGAGUGCUCCCGAUAUGAAGACAACAUUACAACCUUCCGUGAUGAAGAGUAUUUAUCAAUAAAGUUGGGCAGAACUUUACGUCCAGGUGAAUACCGAGGCAAGAUCUAUUUACUACAAGAGAAAGACUCCAGUGAACCUUUCAAAGUAUUGUGCGAAUGGAUCUUAUCACACGAGUACACUGUGGCUCAAUUUAAAGCCGAACUAUUCCAAAGGCAUCCUGAGUUAGAACCACCUUACGAUAGAUGGCGUGUGAGAAAGAAGAAUUGGAAGAACCCCGCCAAAAUUUAUCUGGAUUCAAUGAAUUUUAUGGAUGACAUUUCACUGUAUUCUAAUUGGGAAAUAUUCAUUCAGGACCUGUUGCCCUUACAUGGAAAUGCACAAUCGUCUAAUUGUGUAGAAAAUAAUGCGGCACCUCAUUCGUUUGAAAUCAAAACUAAUCCGGAUCAACUGGUGCUGUUUGUUAAGAGGUGGAGGCCUUCUGAAUUGAAAUUGGACGAUUUUCAAGAAGUCGUGCUUGAUGGUCUGACAAUAGAUGAAUUAAAAGAAAAGUUACACCAUUUAUCUGGAAUAGCAGUUGAAGACAUUGAAAUUGCAAAGGCACCAAACAAUUUCCCUUGUGAAACAUCUGUACUGACAAUACACAACGACCAAGAAUGGAAUCCGCAAGCCAAUACAUUGGAUUCUUUCCCUCUUCACGUUUACGAAGAUGGCAGUGUUUUCUAUUACAGGGACAAGAAUGAAGAACUGAAAGAAUUGACUGCCGAAGAGAAGCGUGAGAUAAUGGCAAAAGAGGGCCACCGAUUUGGAAGACAAUCUAGCUUAACAUCAACACAUUCGCCAAGAAGAGAGCGAGCCCUCAAAAUCUACUUAGACAAUUCACCUAAGAAAAAGGACCUCAUCGAUUAAACUGCUCUUAAGGGGUUCCAUCUUGUGAAUAAUUGAAAUUGUACGAAUGAGUGUAUGAAAAUAUAUAUAUAUUUACAUUUGCAUAUAUAUGUACAUGGAUAUAUGUUUAUAUGCAAUUUGAUGUACUUACACAUUAUGAUUCUUAAACAUAUAAACAUGUAUCUAUUAUUAUUGUAUUUAUUUAUAAUUAUUUUAUUUGUAUAUGUAAAUGUAUGAAUAUGUAGACAUGCUUGUAUAUAUGAGGAGAUAAACUAAACAAAAAAAAUCAUUAAUCAUGUAUAAUAUUCUAUUGAGCCGAUCACUGCAGGCGUAUCAUGUUUUCUUUUUUUUUUCUUUGUUAUACCGGA